AUUACAACAGUAAGACUGCUGCGUUGCAAUAGAUUGAUCAUAAAGGUCAGUUCUACAGUUAAUAGCACUGCGUGAUCUCUAUAUGCGGCGAUAUACACACUAUCUUCUGACCGAUUUUCGUAGCAUUUUUCGUGAGUUCGUAUUUGCCUUGGAGCUAUUUGCCUGCGCCCGUCUAUCGUUAGUGUAGGUUUGACUUGAGUCGUCUGUGCGGACUUCUGUGCGGAAUAACCGACAAGCGGAGCAGGCUAUCACAUCAACUGCGCCGAAAAAUAGCAAACCUAUGCGGGAAAUAUGAGCUAUGUCACGGAGACUUAAGUGGACACGACGUCGGGUCGGUUUGACACAAUUUAACUGGGUAAACCUGAAUGACCGACUGCACUUUUUGAUAAACGAUCUAAGUUAGGCUCGCAACCUGUGGAUUACUUUGAAGUAGCUUUUUAUGUCAGAACUUAAAGCGACGGUCGUCGUUGUGAAGGCUCGUUGGGCAUUUUAGACGCCGCUGUUCGGUCUUUUCAGAUGCCUUGUCAGUUCAUGUGCUAUGGUUAGUUUUGUCAACAGUUCUGUGUGCUCUAAACAAGCGCACCCAGGUCUGCGGGUGGUAACCCUAAAUGGGAAAUAGGCUAUUCGGUUAAUCCCACGGCACACUUUGCUUUCCCAGUUUGUUCUGGAAGAUUUAAAUGCGAACAUACUUUAAAAUAUUCUCUUCGGACGCCGUACCACUCUGUUGGUACGCUACAAAAUAGUUUAAGCUAGCUGCAGUGUCUGUAUCAAAAUGUCGGCGAUCUCUGCGACUGAGAAAGUAGAUGGGUUCACACGGAAAUCGAUGAGAAAGGCCCAGAAACAGAGGAAAUCUCAAGGGUCGUCCCAGUUUCGCACACAGAGCUCACUCGUGGAGCUUUCGCCCCUGCCUCAUCUCAAAGACACUCCAUCUACAGAGCAGCAGGUCUUGUUUGUCCAGAAGCUGCAGCAGUGCUGUGUGCUCUUCGACUUCCUGGACUCGGUCACUGACCUGAAGAGUAAGGAGGUGAAGCGGGCCACACUCAAUGAGCUCGUGGAUUACGUGUCCACCAAUCGGGGCGUGCUGGUGGACUCUGCCUACCCUGACAUCAUCCACAUGAUUAGUACCAACCUGUUCAGAACACUGCCACCCAGUGAAAACCCAGAUUUCGACCCAGAAGAAGAUGAGCCCUCUUUGGAAGCCGCAUGGCCACACAUUCAGCUGGUAUAUGAGUUUUUACUCCGUUUCCUGGAAAACCCGGAUUUCCAGCCGAGCACUGCAAAGCGUUACAUCGAUCAAAAGUUUGUGUUACAGCUGUUGGAUCUCUUUGACAGUGAAGACCCACGGGAGAGAGACUUCCUGAAAACUAUCCUGCAUCGCAUCUAUGGAAAAUUUCUGGGCUUGCGUGCCUUUAUCCGCAAACAAAUAAACAACAUUUUCUUACGGUUCAUUUAUGAGACCGAACAUUUCAAUGGAGUGGCUGAGCUUCUGGAGAUACUGGGGAGCAUCAUCAAUGGAUUUGCUCUGCCACUGAAGGCCGAACACAAGCAGUUUCUGAUGAAGGUGCUCAUACCCAUGCACACAACCAGAGGGCUGGCCCUUUUCCAUGCACAGCUGGCAUAUUGUGUGGUUCAGUUCCUGGAGAAGGACAGCACCCUCACAGAGCCGGUGGUCCGUGGGCUUCUGAAAUUUUGGCCCAAGACCUGUAGCCAGAAAGAGGUUAUGUUUUUGGGAGAAAUCGAGGAGAUUCUGGACAUUAUUGAGCCUACUCAGUUUAAGAAGAUCCAGGAACCAUUGUUUAAACAAAUCUCUAAGUGUGUGGCUAGUCCUCAUUUUCAGGUAGCAGAACGGUCACUGUACUUCUGGAACAACGAGUACAUCCUGAGCCUCAUUGAGGAAAACAUAGACAAGAUCCUGCCCCUCAUGUUCGGGAGCCUGUACAGGAUUUCCAAGGAGCACUGGAACCAGACGAUUGUAGCUCUCGUGUACAACGUGCUGAAAACACUGAUGGAGAUGAACGGCAAGCUGUUUGACGAGCUUACAGCCUCGUACAAAGCCGACAGGCAACGAGAGAAGAAGAAAGAGCAGGAGAGGGAGGACCUGUGGGAGAAGCUGGAGGCCCUGAAGCUGCAGGACGUCUCCAACAGCCGCGGGCUGCAGAUCGCCCAGAACAACAACAACAACAACAACAGCCUCACGAAUGCGGAGGAGCCAAACACCUCAGCUGCCAUCACAGACAGUGUUAACAGCCAGACCUUCAACUGUGCCAAAUGACACUGGACUGCUUUUUUUUUUUUUUUAAAUUUAAGACGUGUCGGUUUUAAAAACCAGCUGCGAGUGGUCAAGAAGACAGGCUCUGUAUAGACGUUAAACCUGAAAAUGCGUAAAGAAAAGCUAUAUAUAUCUCUAAAUAGAACAACUUUAUUCUUUUUUGGCAGAAAAUAAUAUAUUUCAGCUAUGUAAGACUAUUUUUGGAUGUUAAAGUGUAGUCACGUUAUCGUGCUGAAAUUUUGUUCACUGAUCAAAGUUUUGACCUCCCCGCUUCUAGGGCCUAGUUUGGAGCUCGGUAGUACAAGAGCAUGCUCUUAAAGUCGCACUUUAUUUUGAUGGGGUCCAGUGCUGAUGUGAGUGCAUGUCCCACCACUGAAAAACCAAUCAGCUGCAUUAUGAAAGCUCGAGUAUGAAUGUUGGCUACGUGGGAUAUUCACCUGUCAUAUUGCAUCACUGGACUUUAGCUACUUUAAGAAUAACAAGAACCGGAGUGCGGCCUGGCACUGUUUAGCUUCAGUAUGGUUUCAGUAUGGCGUUAGUCUGUUUGAUCAUUUUUUGCCCAUCCUAGGGUAACCAAUUGGGUCAAUGGGAAAAACCAUAUGCAUGUGUUUGAAUCGCGGAGAGCUGAUUCUUCUGAGGACAUGUCAUCACCUCUGUGUGAGGAGAUGGUAGUACUUCCUAGGAGCUGUCACCUCUCGAUCCACCUCUGGAUCGCAGUUGAAGGAAGUACAGGAACUGGUGGUGAGGCUUUGCGGAAUGUUCUUAUCAGUUGUAAAAUCCAGGUUGAGAUCAAAUGGUCUAACUAGAAAAUGUACUGUUUCAGUUCUCACCUGUCCUGUGCCACAACUUAAAACAUUAAAUAGAGAUAUAUAGGCUGUCUGUUCCCACAUAUCUAUUCUAGCAUAUUUAACUCAGUGUGCUGAUGCUGGAUGGAUCAGGCCUUUUGGAUGUCUGAGAACCUGAACCACAAUAGUGAGCAAUAAGUUAUAUGAUCGACUGUGUUCAUUUAAAUUCAGUUAUGUUGACGUUACAUCUCACAAGCAGCUGAUGGUUCUUUGCCUUCAUCUGCUGACUAGCGUCGUCUUGGUUUUAGAUGUAGAUGUUUUAGGGCCUUAUUUAGAGACAGAUUUAUCUGUAGAUGACUGUGAUGAACACUUUUAGGACCUUCCUUUCACAGGCCUCAACUGAAGCCUAGUUUUUAUUUUUUAAAAGCCACGGAUUUUCCAGUGAGCUGUUGGUACUCGAAUAAAAAAAGAAAACAAAAAAGAAGGAAAGAGAAGGAGGAACACAGCCUCCCCAGUCAUGCCAUUGUGAACCAGUUUAGUCUCCAACAUUUGCUUUGCACAUAUUAGGUUGUAUGUGAUGGACUGGCACCCUGUCCAGGUAUGGUUCCUGCCUUGUGCCGUGUGCAACCGGGACAGGCUCCAGCCCCCGCAACCCCGAAUUGGAUUAUGUGGUUUAGAAGAUGAAUGAAUGAAUGAAUGAAUGAAUGAAUGAAUGAAUGAAUGAAUGAGUGUUGCUGUCCAAAAGCGCCUUUUGCUGUAAUACCAAAAACUGAACCGCUGGUCACAGCCGUUUUCAUUUUGGUCUGUUAAUAUGUAAUGUUUCCAAAAGAAAUCUGAUAUUUUCACUAGGAGUCUAAGGUUGAUUUAUCAAAUAUAGUAAUAUUUAAUUAUAGAAAGUUGUAAAAUGGUGCAUUUUGUAUUUGUUUUCAGUAGCAAUUUAUGAUUCCUGCUCUAUAUGGCCAGGAUUACACUGGGUGAGAAUAUGUGCAACAUAUCUGCAUUCCUUUAUAUUCUAAACACAGGAGAGGAAAAGAAGGUGUUUAUACCCAUGAAAGAAGUAUUAACCAUUUUCCCCUUGAAACAAACAUAGCUGAAUAUAUCAGUUGCUCUGUGUUAUCUUGGUGAAAAUUGUUCUAGGGGUUUCCAUAAAAGGGUCUGAGCCAAGACUACCGUUUCAGUUUUUUUUUCAUUAUAGGGCAUUACCCAAGAACUUAGUUUAGUUAAGUGGAUUACGUGGAUAUGAACAUACGGGUUUUCCAUUUGAUUCAAGGGUUGCCACAUGCUUAAGACCAUGCUUUUGUACUAAGAACAUCUAAAUCUGGUAAUUAGGGUUUCUGGGGGUUUUUUUAAGCUUUUAAUAUACUGCUGGUCUGUUUAAAAAUGUGGGAUUUGGGGAUGAAGUUCUGACUUGAAUAUUUCUGAUUAUGCUACACUUAGAAACUUGAAGCUUUAGUCUGAUGUAGUGUGUGUUCUAUUUGAUGUGCUUUUCACCCGGUGCAGAGCUCGAGCGUUGGAGACAGGUGAGAUGAGCAUCAUACGGGCACCAGGGCCAGAGAUGCAAUGAUUCAUACUUCUACUGCAGCUGUCUGAAAGGAGGAGGCCAGGUUACAAAUGUAACUUAUGAAUGAGAAGCACCUGAUAACUAUAGAGACGCAGCCUGCAGUAUUAGCACGCUAAAGAGUGUGUGUGGAUUGGGGGCUACUGAAUUAGGCUGAAUUGUUGUCUCUAUGAAAAGGAAACUCGCAGGUAGGUGGAAAGUGAGAGCCAUAUAUUUUCAGUGUAUUUUAAAAAUUUAAGGAAUAAAUCAGGGUUGAUUGGACCAGUCUGGGUCUGAAGGUUAACUGGUGUGUAACCCAAUUACCAUGUGGGUUAAGCAGUGACUUUCUGUGCUUCAAGGUAAAUAUUUUUGUUAUUGAUGUUGCUGUAGGUCUCUUUAUUUGUUGAAUUUCUCUGAUACUUCUUUGUCAGAGUACCAUUCCUGUCCAUGUGAAAUCCAGUUAUGUGGAGAACUUUAACAUUUUGAAUACCACUGAAAUAAAGUCAACCUUAUGUUUCUACAA